UCCCUUCAAGAAAGGCACUCCUACACUGUUACAAGAACGUCAAGUUAUAUGUCUUUAUCCCGGGUCUCGUGGUCGUGUUGAUGUUUUGUUAAUUGUCAUCACUUCGCCAGGAUGAGCAUAUCGUACGGAGGCUUCGAUAAAACGCGCCCAGGAAUGAAAAGACCUCAGAUCAACUUUAACUUGGUCAACAAGGCGAAAAAGCUUUGUCACGAGAACAGCUACAAAGCCAAAUCGGCCAACAUCGAGCAGGAGAGGACCGCCCUACCCAUAUUCAAAGUCAGAAAAAGGCUUUUAUCUGAGCUGGAUAAAAACUCAACUUUGAUAUUAAUCGGUGAGACAGGGAGCGGUAAAACGACACAAAUUCCCCAAUACAUCCAUGAAUUGCGCAUGGAAGGUGAUAGAAAAAUUGCAAUAACUCAGCCUAGAAGAGUUGCUGCAAUCACAGUUGCCAAUCGAGUGGCUUUAGAGGCAAAAACCAGUAUAGGACAGAUAGUCGGGUACUGUGUAAGAUUUGAGGACAACACAUCGGAUAUGACGAAAAUUAAAUACAUGACAGAUGGCAUGCUGUUACGAGAAGCUCUUUUAGAUGAAUAUCUUCUUGCCUAUAACGUAAUAAUUCUUGAUGAAGCUCAUGAACGUACGAUACACACCGAUGUUUUAUUUGGCAUUGUAAAAGCGGCACAAAAGCAAAGGGCUGCCAAAUUGGGCUUAAGGCCGUUGAAGGUCAUCGUUAUGUCUGCGACAAUGGAUGUCGACCAUUUCUGUCAGUAUUUCGAUAAUGCUCCAGCCGUCUAUCUGGAGGGCAGGCAAUACCCAGUUGAAAUCAACCACGCCAUCGAACCUCAGGAUGAUUACAUUUUUUCCUCCCUUGUCACUAUAUUCCAAAUACACAAAGAAGCACCUCCAAAUCAUGAUAUUUUAGUGUUUCUAACUGGCCAAGAGGAAAUAGAAUCAAUGACUGCCAAUAUACGAGCAAUACAAAAAGAUGAAUUGUGUGUUGGACCGAAUAUAAGAGUAUUCCCACUGUACGCGGCAUUGUGCAGCAACAAACAGAUGGAGAUUUUCCAGCCUUGCAAUCCCAAUACGAGGAAAAUAAUACUCAGUACAAACAUAGCCGAGACGUCAGUAACAAUAAGCGGCAUCAAAUAUGUCAUAGAUAGCGGGAUGGUCAAACAGAAAAUACAUCAUCCAGCCACAGGGCUUGAUAUACUCAAAGUUUUGAAUAUUUCACAAGCCCAAGCCUGGCAGAGGACAGGAAGGGCAGGCAGGGAAUCAGAGGGCUUCUGUUACCGAAUUUAUACUAAAGAGGAGUAUGAUGGAAUGUUACCAAAUUCAGUACCUGAAAUUUUAAGGAGUAAUCUAUCCAGCGUUAUAUUACAGUUACUGGCUCUCAAAGUCAAUUUGCUCAAAUUCGACUUCCUCGACAAACCUCCGACAGAAUUAAUAUUCGAAGGACUUGACCUAUUGAAGCUGCUGGAAGCUAUCGACGAUGUAAAAGAUCCAAAUUUAACCGAUUUGGGAAAACAGAUGUCCCUUUUCCCUUUGGAUCCGAGAUACAGUAAAAUUUUGAUUUCUGCAAAAACAUUUGGCUGCAUAGAGGAAGUACUUACGAUUAUAGCAAUUCUUUCUGGAGAGACGAUAUUUGUGAAUAAUGUGGCAAAGAGAGAAGAAGCGGCAGCCGCAAGAGCUAAGUUUUCAUCUUCCUCGGGUGAUCUUAUUACACUCCUUAAUGUUUUCAGGGCGUAUAAUUCCGUUUCGAGUAAACACGCUUGGUGUUAUGAAAACUUUUUAAUCAGUAGAAAUUUAGAAUAUGCAUCUAAAGUGAGGAAACAGCUAGCCGAUAUUUGUCAAAAAUGCAAUAUGCAAUUGACAACAUGUGGUGAAGACGUCGAUAGAGUUAAAAAAUGUUUUAUAUCUGGUUUUUUCAUGAACCUUGCCGAGUUGCAGCGAGAUAGAAAAUAUGUUACUGUUGGUAAAAGACAGAUUGUCAGCAUUCAUCCCUCAUCUGUACUGUCGGGGACGUACCCACAACUCAUCCUUUUUACUGAAUUGGUUCAAACCAAUAAGUGCUACAUGCGGUAUGUAACUCCAGUUGAUCCGCAGUGGGUUGAAGAAAUUUCGCCCAAAGGUUAUAAAUGUGUAAAUAUUUCCGAAGUGGACUGAAAUUUGCCUGCAAUAAUAUAACGUUUUGUUUUUGAUAUCUUGUCAAUAAUUUUUACAUUCCCCUUUUGUAAAUAUUUGAAACUUUUCUGUACAAUA